AAUUUAAAAAACUACCCCUUUAUAGGUAGAUAUAGACCGAAUAAAACCCACAAAAUCCCCUCUUGAUUCCAUCAAAAUUCGACGAAUUGUCUGUUUUUCAAAUUGAAAGAAAUAUAGGGAUCUGAAUUGCUCAUAACUUACAAUUGAUAAAUUUUGCUUGAAUUUGUUUCAAUUUUUUUUGGAGAAACGAAAAUGUUUAAUGGUAUGAUGGAUCCUGAAUUGAUCAGAUUGGCUCAAGAACAGAUUAGCCGGAUGUCGCCGGCUGAGUUAGCCCGGAUUCAACAACAGAUGAUGUCCAAUCCUGAGUUAUUAAAGAUGGCUUCUGAAGGCAUGAAAAACCUGAGGCCUGAAGACUUAAGGAAUGCUGCAGAACAGAUGAAGCAUACACGGCCAGAGGAGAUGACUGAGAUUGGUGAGAAGAUGGCUAAUGCAUCGCCUGAAGAGCUUGCAGCUAUGCGCACUCACUUAGAUGCACAGGUUGCUUAUGAGAUAAAUGCAGCUGAGAUGCUGAAGAAACAGGGGAACCAAUUUCAUAGCCAGGGAAGAUAUACUGAUGCCCUGCAAAAAUAUUUGCUAGCAAAGAAUAACUUGAAAGACAUUCCUACCUCCAAAGGCAGAAAUCUUCUUUCAGCAUGUUCUCUUAAUUUGAUGUCUUGUUAUCUGAAAACUGGACAGUAUGACGAGUGCAUAAAGGAAGGUACAGAGGUUUUGGCAUAUGACAGGAGCAACAUCAAGGCCCUCUACCGCCGUGGUCAAGCCUAUAAAGCAUUGGGACAAUUUGAAAGUGCUGUUUCAGACUUGAGUAAAGCUCAUGAAGUUUCUCCUGAUGAUGAAACAAUUGCAGAUGUUUUAAGAGAUGCUAAGGAAAAUCUGAUGAAAGAAGGUCAUGCUCAAAAAUCAAGAGGGUUGAUUAUUGAGGAAAUAGCCGACGAAGAGCCAACCAGCUCAUCUGCAAGCCAUGAUAGUGCUCCUGCAGAAUCGUCUUUCACCAAACCACAAGAAACCAGUGGCCACUCUCAGAAUCAACCUGAUGUCCCUGGGCGUCCUCAUUCAACAAGUUCAGAGUAUUUGCAGGCAUUAAAAGAUGAUCCAGAAUCUAUCAGAUCCUUCCAAAACCUUAUUUCUCAAACAGAUCCUGAAACCCUAGCUGCUAUGGGUAAUGGGAAAGCUGAAGGUGUAACUCCCGAUAUGAUCAGGACUGCCUCGAGUGUUAUUGGCAAAAUGCCUCCUGAAGAACUUCAAAGGAUGAUUAAACUAGCUUCCUCCUUCCAAGGAGGUAACCCAAUUUUAAAUAGAGGAUCAAUGCCAACUGAUGUGAGUCCUGACAUGCUCAAGAUGGCAUCAGAAAUGAUGAGCAAGAUGUCACCUGAAGAUUUCCAACAGAUGUCUGAAAUGGCAUCUUCUUUGAAAGGGGUUGAUGGAGCAUCAUCAUCUGCAGCUUCUAGUGGUUAUAGAUCAGAUUACCAGUCAAAAACUCGAGAUACUCAAAACAAUGUGAUUGUUAGUGACAAUGCCAGUGAAAGUAGUACUUCCCAAGAGUUCCUGAGUUCAAGUAGCUUUCAGUCGAGUAUGCCAAGCUCAAGUACUGAUCUGCAAGAACAAAUGAGAAACCAAAUGAAGGAUCCAGCUAUGCGGCAGAUGUUUUCGUCAAUGAUUAAAAAUAUGAACCCAGACAUGAUGGCAAGCAUGAGUGAACAAUUUGGACUAAAGCUUUCUCGCGAUGAUGCUGCAAAAGCUCAACAAGCCAUGUCAUCUUUGUCACCAGAAGACUUGGAUAAAAUGAUGAGGUGGGCGGAUAGGUUGCAACGAGGAGUGGAAGGGGCUAAGAAGGCAAAGAAUUGGCUUCUGGGAAGACCCGGUAUGAUUUUGGCAAUCCUCAUGCUUCUUUUGGCAGUCUUCCUCCACUGGUUGGGGUAUAUUGGUAAGUAGAUUGGGGCUGCCAACUACCAGUAUCAGCAGAGUGACAAAUGAUCUUCAAACUAACAACACAACGGGUUGAUUAAUCUUCAUUGGUCCUUAAUUCUCCCUGGACCUAAGAUACCUACCUAUAUGCCAACAGUGUGGAGGUGCAUUCGGUGGAUCCUAGACAUCAUCCUCUGUUUGUUUUUGUAAUUUGCUAGCCUCUAAAAUUCACUCUUUUUUAUUAUUAUUUUAUGUUCAUUGUCAAAUUCUUUCGUUUGUAACUUAGAAUAAUGAUUGAAGGGAGAACCAAGUGUUCCAACCCUUGUUUACUGGAACAUUCUAUGAGUAAAAGUGCCACAAGUAAUUCUAGUGCUUAA